AUGCCGACUCCAUCAGCGGCUGAAGUUCAACCGUCAGCAGCCUCCGCGGCUGCGACGGCAGUGUAUCAAAUCUCAGAGAACUUUCAACGGGUUGUGGACCAAAUCGUGCAGCAGCAUCUUAUCGAGCUGGCUGAAGCGGAUGGGCACUCUCAGCAGCAACGGCGACCGAGCCUGGAGAAAGAUGCUAGCAAAGCAAGCAAAAUCACCAAGGACAUGGAUGAAUCCGCGCGGUCCCAGAAGUUAGAGCGUCUGAACUCCCUGGAGACCAACCGUGAGUCAAGCGGCAACAAUUUGGCUAAGAAGUUCAAGGAACGAUGCUUGGAGACACGUCGUCAGCCGCCUGAAGUUCAAGCGAACCAGGUGCUCAAUGCGCUGGCCCACAAGGACACGCCCCCGGAAAAGUUCUUCAACACGCCGUCUCCAUCGAUUGGUGGAGUCUUCGGCACCCAUCAGACGUUGUUUGAGCUGGACCUCGACGGAACGGCCACGCCCCAGAUGUUGCGUGAUGCGGUCACCGAGGAAGUCAGCGGCAUCACGACGCGCAUGACGUCGGAUAGCAUUCGUUCAUGGCUCGGUUCUCACAAGUUCGACUUGGUCCUGACGGCACUGCUGUGCUUGAACGUGAUCUGGAUGAGUCUGGAGCUGCAGGUCUCCGGCUCGUACACCGGAUUUCGUUUGAACGUCAACGCUUACACCCUGCUUCCGGCAGAGUGGGAAGAGUCUGCGACGCGGUUUUUUCAGACCGGUGACCUCAUCUUCACCUCUCUGUACACGUUGGAUGUGAUUGUCCGCAUCAUCGCACUUAGAAGACAGUUCUGGCAUCAGUGCAUGAACUACUUGGACGUCCUGGUGACUCUGGUCUCGAUCAUUGAGGUCAUCAUGGUCACACCCGUGAAUCCCUUUCUAUUCCGGCUGCUGCGGAUCGGGAAACUGGCUCGCGCCCUGCGCCUGAUCACCUUGUCAAACGUAUUGCAGUCUCUGGAGCUGCUCACGAAGUGCUUACAAGCCAGCGUCGAGAUGCUGUUUUGGACCUUUUGCCUGUUGAUAUGCAUCCAAUGUGUGGCUGGGAUGCUUGUUAGUGGCCUCUGCCGUGACUACAUCGAGGACGAGACAAAUAACCCACAGAUCCGGGAACAAGUCUUCCGCUACUAUGGAACCUUCUCUCGCACGCUGCUGUCCAUGUUCGAGAUUCUCUUCGCGAAUUGGGGACCCCCAUGUCGAGUCGUGGUGGAGAACAUCAGC